AUGUCAGCAAGUAAAGCUGCCCGGGUGGGCGAAGAAAUCUGGAAGGGCCGUAUAGACAAAGUUAAUGCUGAACUUGUCACUUUGACAUAUGGAACAAUAGUUGCGCAGUUAUGCAAGGACUUUGAAGGUGACUAUGUCGAAGUCAACAAGCAGCUGGAUAGGAUGGGUUAUAAUAUUGGCCUUCGCUUGAUCGAAGACUAUCUUGCCAAGUCCAACACUAUGAGACGAUGUUCUAAUUUCCGAGAGACGGCCGACAUGAUUUCCAAGGUCGGCUUUAAGAUUUUCCUGAACAUCACACCAACCGUGACAAAUUGGACGAGUGACAGCAAACAAUUCUCACUUGUAUUUGAGGAAAAUCCUUUGGCCGACUUUGUCGAGCUUCCCGAUGAUGGCAGAGCGCAGGAUGAGUUGUGGUAUUCAAACAUAUUCUGUGGCGUCUUGAGAGGCGCACUUGAGAUGGUGCAGAUGCAGGUUGAGGCACACUUUAUUAGCGAUGUGUUGCGAGGGAACGACACUACGGAGAUGAGGAUAUCCUUAAUCAGAUAUAUCGACGACGAACUACCGCCCGAGGAUGAUUAA